AUGAUGCCAGUGGAUCUGGUGUAUCGAUUACCUAAAGAAUCCAACCUUGGUGAAACUUACCAUGAAUUUGUGAAACAAGUGCUCAACCGGUCAUUAGUAGCUCAUCAAUUGGCGCGGGAAAGGUUAAAGACAGGGGCACUUAAUAGGAAGUCAUUGUAUUAUGCUAAGGUCAAAGUCCUGACUCUACGACCGGGAGACAAGGUAUGGUACCUGUAUCCAAGAUCAUGGCAAAUCUCCAAAAUGGGUCAGCCCAUACAUGGGUCCAUAUAUAGUGGAUCAUUUAAUUCCUCCAGUCAAUGCGGCGAUAAAAAAAACGACAGAGCUAAACCAGACAGGUGCUCUGGAGCGGGAAACAGCGCAUCAGAUAGCCAGCUAGUGUCACUGGGACGGGCAAUCCCGUAUUUAAAAAACAGUACACCGGAGAAAGCGGUCAACGCUUUGAAAUUAUCGUUCCCGGGUAUUCCGUCAAGUGAAUUAUGGAAAAAUUACGUAGUCGCAAGGGCAUCAAUGAGUGAACUGGUCGCAGCAUUGACCCCGAGCUUCUCACUUAAAAAUUGUGCUGAGGAACCGACACAACGAAAAAGACAGGCAAGCGAAGCUAAGUGGUGGGUGAACCAGUUUAUAGCUUUUGAACUGCCCGAUGAAGCCCACCAAGAAACAUCACUGGGGUCAGUGCCUAUGUCGAGUCACGUAGAAAUACUGGAAGGCCAGGUUUACGAGGGCGAGACGCCCUUCCCUGUAGACCAGGCUUCGACGAUAAGCACUCCAGAGUGGGCAAAGGAAGACAGCGACAUACUCCCAGCAACAGGCCCAGCUGUACCGAGAGGUAAGAAGGGAAGAAAGAAGCCGUCCAGAUGGGGCCCGGAAUUGAUGGCGAUCAACAUCCCCAGUUUCGACGAGGAGCUUUGA